AUUUCUUUAAACUUCUCUUCUCGUAAUUGUAGAUAGUUUAAAUUGUAGGAUUUUUGAGGUUUAAGACAAUUACUCUUCAAUUUUACUUUGUUCCCGUAAUUUCCCUAAGAUUUGGUGAAACCUUGUGUCGUUUUAUCCCCCAAUUGUUCGAUUAUUUGCUGUCGUUUUGUGGUGAUUGAGCCCGUAAUGCAAGUGCUUAGACCUAAUUCUGGUUGCAAUUCGGUGAUCUUCUGAUAGUUCACGUUCCCGAGAUUGACAGUAAUACCUCGAAAUUAGCAUUCUUAAUUCAUGGAUGAAACCAGUGCCACGAAUACUCGUUUAACAUUUGUCGCCCCCAAAUUCUUCACCUCAUUGUGUAUUUACACACCUAAUAUCGUGUGAUAGCCCCACAUUGUAGUGAUCUGGUUGCUGUUCUGAUGCUCACCGUAUAUAAAUGUUAUUCAAAAAUGCACAUAUAUACAUGGCUCUAGAACUCAAUCACCCAUGUGUAACUGUCAAUAUAUAAAUUCGGGUGGAAUUGUUUGUAGGGUUGGAAUUACUAUCUUCACUCAUUUCUGCUUACCAUAUAUAAUGUUAGUCGAAAAACUAGGAAUAUUCACAGCUAUAGAAUUCUCUUUUGAGUGCAAAAAAGAAAGAGACGCGUGGGGCAGCCCAUUCGUGUACAGCAUUGGGAUAUUUAUUGACAGCAAGCCUGUAUACAAGGUUGAUUGUUUUGAGUCAAUGGUUAAGGUGGUAAUAAUUGUCUAAUAUUUAGUAACUUGAACCAAUGAAAAGCUGCUCAGCUUUGGCCAUGGUUUUCAUAACAGAUUAAUCUCUAUUUAUUAGUUCCAAAGCUGAAAUCUUAUUGGCUUCUAGGAUCUGCUGUUUGAGCGCCAGACUUUUUCCCAAUUACACCACACAACACAACCAUUAAUUCCCACAGGCCUUACUAAAUUUUCUAGCAACGUGAAGAGAAUUUUAUUACUGUUCUUUGGAAAUGAAGUUCUUCAACUGGAUGCAGAAUAAGUUCAAUGGAGGAGAAGGGAAUAAGAAGCCAAGUGCAGUUCCUGCUACAAAUCAUACAAAGAACGAACCUCCGAAAGAAGAAUUCAGUGACUGGCCUCAAGGAUUGCUGGCAAUUGGAACUUUUGGCAACACAGAUCUUACAGAAAAUCAAGAGAGCCAAGUUGUAAAGAAUCCAGACAAUGAAAUCCUACCGGACGAGCAAUGUUCCUCUCCAGAUUUUUCGGAAUUCACUGCUGAAGAAGUCGGAAAGUUACAAAAGGAGUUGAAAAAACUUUUGACUCGCAAACCAAAAGCUGAAGAACCAAUUAAAGAUCUGCCAUUAGAUAGAUUCCUCAACUGCCCUUCUAGCUUGGAAGUAGAUCGCACAAUUUCUAAUAGAUUCAGCAUCAGCACUAUUUCGGAUGAUAAAGACGAAGAAGAAAUUGAUCGAACCAUUAGAAUAAUCCUCGGAAGAUGCAAAGAUGUUUGCGAAAAGAAGAAGAAAGCAAUUGGCAAGAAAUCAGUAACUUUUCUUCUCAAGAAAAUGUUUUCUUGCAGAAGUGGCUUUGCACCAACUCCCAGCCUUCGAGAUCCAUUUCCUGAAUCGCGGAUGGAGAAGCUUUUGCGGAAAAUGCUCACCAAGAAGAUGUAUCCUCAAAAUUCUUCUCGAGCAUCAUCCACGAAGAAAUAUCUAAGGGAUAACAGACAUACAUCAAAUGCUGAAAAACAAGAUGAACAGCAGGAAAAAAGAUGCGACGGAUCUAAGUGGGACAAAACUGAUUCUGAAUACAUUGUUCUUGAAAUUUAAACAAGCCUCGAGGAUGUCAACAUUCGAUUUCCAGUGACUAAAUACACUUAUUGGAUCAUGGCCGAUCAUGAAGUGAUCAUAAACUGUACAACGAAAAAAAAAAAAAGC